UAACUCAAAGCUUCUCAUGUCAUAAACAAAAACAAACAAACAAAAGGUUACUUAACAUACCCGGGCCACCCACCCCUUCAAAUCUAAGCAGAAGCCAUCAGGCUUCAGGGCACCCAGACAGCCUUACGGCGAUGGCGACGGCGACCUUGGGGAAUCUGACGGCUAUCAUUGCGCUUCUAAUAACAGUCGCUACAGCAGCAUCGGACGCCCCUCCUGGUACCGGGUACACCAACCAUACCGUGGGCGGCGCCGCCGGAUGGUUCUUCAACGGCACUGCUAACACUUCCGCCACCAACUACUCCUCUUGGGCCGGCUCCCUCGCCUUCAAUCUCGGAGACUUUCUUAUUUUCAAUACCAAUUCGAACACGACGGUGAUCCAGACAUACAACGAUACUACCUACUUGAGCUGCACCAUGGAUGAUGCAGAGGACGAUGAUACCACCCAGUACAAUGGAGGCAGCACGCAGUUCGGAGAUAAGAUGACCGUGGCGGUGCCGUUGACGAUCGAGGGCCCCAACUACUACUUCUCCGACGCCAACGACGGCGUCCAGUGCCAGCAGGGCAUGGCCUUCGAGAUCCAGGUCAAACACGGCCUCGGCUUACCGCCCAGCCUCAACCAGCCGCCUCCGCCGCCGUACAUAGAGCCUCCUGGUCCCGACUCCGUUCAGUCUCCACCGGUCAGCAUCUCCCAGAACGGCGCCAUCAGAGGAGGCGCUAACGUGGGCGGUGUGUUAUGUGCACUUCUCACCGUUUCUGUUCUGUUCUAAAUAUCCCUACUUGGCUGGAAGGUUGGGCCGGUUGGGAUAGGGAUGGUAUUUUGCAUGUUUGUGCUAGUUCGGUAAAAUCACAUCGGCCGGUUUCGGUAACUUCGUUUUGGGCGUGAGGAGAACAUUUCCACGGAUGAGCAUGUUCUGGACAGCUUACAUUUUCCUUUCCUUUUCUAUUCCUAUACUUGCUGGAUUAUAAAACAAACUUCCCGCGUUGAGAGGGAAGAAUGAUUGGACCUGAUCUAUUUUAUUUUUCGUUUAUUAUUGAUUUUAUUUUUUUGGCCCA